GAUGACCCACAGAAAAAGAGACAGGCCGUGAACAUGAUUAGAGAGUCUGUGCUGUGACUUCCAUGCAUGCAUUUAAACAAACGACAUGAUGCAUCACUAUUGUGGAGAGUAGACUGCAUUAACAUCCAGCUUUUAAACUUGUAAACUGACUGUUUUUGUCUCUAGCGGUUCAGCAAUGCAUUUUACUGCCCCUGUAGUGUCAUCCACUCUCUCAGGUGAGAUUACGGCAGGUUAAACGUCACCUGAAGCACAGGCAGACAGGUGUGAAGUUGAGCUGAAGGGCCCGUGGCCCUCGGAGACCUUUGGGAAUCGGCACCCGGGCAUCUUUAGCAAACAGACUUCAUUGCACACAGUAUGCGUGUGUGAACGCUGUCAAUCAAACAGACUUCCUGUCGGUCACCCUCUAAAACUGGAAACAAAUGUGUGACAGACUUGAUGAAAUGUUUGAUCCACUAAACUGAGAAAGGGACGCUGUGUGGGUGUUGCUUGUUUUGGCUAUGGGGAGUUCGGCCUCGUCUUUGACCACGGACAGAGAAUCAGAUCACGGGUUUGGUACCGCUCCGUUUCCGCCGGCCGCUCCAAUGGGUUGGCUCAGAACCAGCCACAGCAGUCCGGUGUGGGGAACCACUUUCAUCACGCGCCAACAACAACAGCAGCCCAUUCCUCACAGAGAACGCAGUCACUCUCACUCUCAUUCUCCUGGUUCGAUGGCCACAGUCGUGAGGAAUUCUGAUUGGUCAUGUGGGCGCUGCACGUUUCUUAACUCCAGCGGUUCCUUGCGCUGCUCUAUUUGUGAGGCUCCUCGGCAGAAGCCGGAUCUGAACCACAUUCUGCGACUCAGCAGUGCUGAGGAACCUCGCUGGUCCUGCCCUCGCUGCACCCUGACCAACAACCAUGGACUAGGCUCUUGUUCCGUCUGUGGAGCUGCUCCAGUUACCCCCAACGGACCCCUUCCACCUAAACAGACCCCGCCCACUCCCAUAGAGCCCUUGUCAAGUCCUGAAGCCAAAGGUCAGGUGGCCAAUGGGGAAAUUCGCAGUGCGGAAUGCAAUGGGGAGGUGUGUGUGAGUGGGGAGGGGUCAUUGGAAUGGGCGUGUCCUCGCUGUACACUGGUAAACACUCCAGUGGCGCUAUCGUGCUCGGCAUGCGGUGGUCCGCGAAAACUCUCGCUUCCGAAGAUUCCUCCGGAGGCGCUAGUUGUACCUGAAGUUCGAACACUUGUGGCAGGGUUUACAUCUCAGACUGCUGGAGCUUCGGCGCCAUUACUCAUUGAUCUAACUGAAGAUGCGCCACCCCAGGCACCUUCCGAAACCCCGUCUCCACCCACUAACCCUGCCCCAUUUUUACCUCCUUCCUUGUCAUCGCUUCAGAAUAAUCCUGUGCCUCGCAGUCGAAGGGAAGUCCCGCCCCCUGGUCGCCCCCCAAAUCCUGCGCCUUCUCCUACAUCCCCUUCAAUUUGCCCACCCACCAAACCCAAGCCCCUCCCAUCAACGGAAGUUUACCCAAUGAAGCGCCUCAGCAUGCUGGAGGAGGAGCCUAACAACUCCACACAACCAGUCACGUCUCCGCCUUCCUGGAAGUGCCCCGGAUGUUCCGCCCCGACCGCUCCUCCUUCAUCGUCUGCGGGUCGUUGCGAUGCAUGCCGAGGAUCUCGGCCGGGAUCGGGUGGUGAUGUCAUCGACGUGCUGGGCGAAUCGGUGCGCUUCACACCAGCAUCACCGUCCAGCCCAGACUUUAGCUCGUGGGCGUGUUCCAAAUGUACGUUACGCAAUCCGACAGGAGCGGGCCACUGCACGGCCUGCGGAUCGUCCAAAUUACAUGGUUUCUCUGAGCCGUCCAACUGUUCGUCAUGUUCGCGGAAACAACCGCACUCCCACACGAGUGCCUUUAGUUCCACCUCCUCCUCGGUUUCUUCGGCAUCCGCCGAAAAAGCGCUGAACAAAAGUGCGUGUCAAUGGACGUGUCCGGCUUGCACGCUGUUGAACGAGGGACGGAUGAAGCAUUGUGCAGCAUGUCACACGCCGGAGCAGUACCUGAGUCUGCACAAUACCGGGAAACCGCUCAAACGCAGAGAGAGCAUGCACGUGGAGGCACGCAGACGCACGGAUGAGGGCGAGGCCAAGGAAUUGUGGGAAAAUAUUGUCAGCUUUUGUAGAGAGAACUCGGUGAACUUUGUCGAUGACAGUUUUCCUCCUGGACCGCGUUCGGUCGGGUUUCCUGAGAACGACAGUGUCCAGCAGCGAAUCAAAAAGUGGCUCCGCCCUCAUGAGAUUAACUGCAAUAAUUUUAAGGAUCGCGGUGUGAAGUGGUCUGUGUUUAGGACGCCCCGCCCCUCGGACAUACUGCAAGGCCUUCUUGGGAAUUGCUGGUUCUUAAGCGCUCUUGCAGUGUUAGCGGAGCGGCCUGAAUUGGUUGAGCGCGUGAUGAUCACCAGAACUAUGUGUCCAGAGGGAGCGUAUCAGGUGCGGCUGUGUAAGGACGGGACGUGGACUACGGUACUGGUGGAUGACAUGCUGCCCUGCGAUGAAUAUGGAUUUCUGCUGUUCUCACAGGCCCAACGGAGGCAGUUGUGGGUGGCGCUGAUAGAAAAGGCUCUUGCGAAGCUGCACGGGUCGUAUUUUGCUCUGCAGGCGGGUCGUGCCAUCGAGGGUUUGGCCACGCUCACCGGUGCCCCCUGUGAAAGUCUGAUGCUGCAGGUGAGCUCGACCAAUCCACGAGAAGAACCAAUCGACACGGAUCUCAUAUGGGCCAAGAUGCUCAGCUCCAAAGAGGCCGGUUUUCUGAUGGGGGCGUCCUGUGGGGGCGGGAACAUGAAGGUGGAUGAUGCGGUUUAUGAAUCUCUGGGGCUCCGCCCACGACAUGCCUACUCUAUACUGGAUGUCAGAGAUGUUCAGGGCUACAGACUGCUGCGUUUGAGGAACCCGUGGGGCCGGUUCUCCUGGAACGGUUCGUGGUCGGACGAGUGGGCUGAUUGGCCGCAGCACCUGCGUCAUGAACUGAUGGCUCACGGCAGCAGCGAGGGCGUCUUCUGGAUGGAAUAUGGAGAUUUCAUUAAGUACUUUGACUCAGUGGAUAUCUGUAAGCUUCAUCCUGAUUGGCAGGAAGUUCGUUUGCAGGGCUGUUUCCCUGUCGCGGGUAAACCCGUCACAGUAACCGCCCUCACGGUCCUGGAGAGAACCGCACUGGAGUUCGCCCUCUUCCAGGAGGGCAGCAGGCGGUCAGAUACGGCCGAUAGUCACCUGUUGGAUCUGUGCAUCAUGGUGUUUCGGGCAUCGUUUGCUAACGGGAACAAACUGGUUCUGGAAGCGUCUGUUGGCUACAGUAACGCAGCUGUGAAGAAGUUUGUAGGGUGUGAUGUCAUGCUGGAGCCGGGCGAGUAUGCUGUGGUGUGCUGUGCCUUUAAUCACUGGCAGAUGGACCUCACAGGGGCUUCAACACCAGUGUCUAGUCCCACCAGUGCUCGGAGACCCAAUCAGGAUUUCCCAGGGUACAUCUUGGCCAUCUACAGCUCCAGACAGGUGAUGGUGGAGCAGGUGGAGGCCACGUCCACAACACUCGCUGAUGCCAUCAUCCUGCUGACGGAAAACAAGGGAGAGAGACAUGAGGGUCGGGAAGGCAUGACAUGUUAUUACCUGACUCAUGGGUGGGCGGGGCUUAUCGUCGUCGUGGAGAACCGUCACCCAAAGUACUACCUCCAUGUGUCAUGUGACUGCACUGACAGCUUCAAUGUGGUGUCGACCCGAGGCAGCCUGAAAACCAUCGACAGUGUGCCGCCCUUGCACAGGCAGGUUCUGGUGGUUUUGUCCCAGUUAGAAGGGAACGCUGGAUUCUCCAUCACACACAGACUGGCCCAUCGGAAAGCCGGGCAGGCGUCUCUGGGCGACUGGACGUCCAGCAAGGCCACACACUCGCCCCAACUCACCCCAGACACUGACGGACUGCACAGACCACGGCCGCUUUGACACACGCUUACACACGCACACAUAGACACACAUGAAGACUGUCUCCAUUCAUUAAACGUACGUUAUAGACCCGUACAGACCCGUAGUGAUGAAUACACAUGCAGGCACUGAGAGGGUCUGAGUGGAACUACUGAGCCAAUCACGCGACUGCUCGCUGAGCCAAGACCCGCCCACUGCAAACACACACACACACACGUGUGUCAACAUAAGGAUCUGGAGCCAUUCUUGGGCGUCUUGUGUACAUCUGUUGUAUUGUGUUAUUUUUUAGUUUCAUUUAUCAAGUUCCGUCCAUUCAAUGAUUAAAUAAGAAGGUGAAUCUCAUGAAAAAAAUCUCUCCCCAAAAUUACAAAAAUAAAUAAAUAAAUUCUCAUAAAGAAAAUAAAGCCUGUAAUAAUUAUUAUAUUAUUAUUAUUAUUAUUAUUUGUCGGUUUACCAGUAAAUAAAUCUAUCCUUAAAACAAGAUGAAGCCAAAAUAUUUAAGAUAAGAAGAAUUAUUUUUCAGAGAAUAUAUCUUCAAUUAAGUUUAUUUUUCUCUAAAAAAAUUCGAGUUUUAAGUAAAAAAAUGUAAGUAAUUUUUUGUGGAAAAAUAUACUUAAUUCCAGAUAUAUUCUCUGAAAAACAACUUGUAUGUUAUGCAGUUUUGCAUAAGAAUUUGAAGAAUAUUUAUGUAUAUUCUUACAGGAAAACGACAAAAAAAUACUGAUUAAGAAAAUAAUUUUAGCAGCGUAAUUGUGAUGAAUAUAAUGUAACAAUGCUAAACAAAAAAUAAUAAUCUUAAAGUGACAGUUCACCCAAAAUUACAAAUAAUCUUAAAGUGACAGUUCACCCAAAAAUACAAAUAUCCCAGGUGUGUAUGACUGACUUAAUAAUAAUAAUAAUAAUAAUACAUUUUUGAAGAAUAUUUCAGCUCUGUUGGUCUGUACAAUGCAAGUCGACAGGGUCCAAAACUUUGAAGCUCCAAAAAGCACAUAAAGGCAGCAUAAAAGUAAUCCACACGACUCCAGUGGUUUAAUCCAUGUCUUCCGAACAUAUCCGAUUGACUUUGGGUGAGAACAGACCAAAAUAAAACUCAUUUUUACUGUACAUCUCGUCAUUGCUGUCACUAGACACGAUCAUGACUUCAAGCACUUGACGCAUACGCAAGCUUGAAAUCGUGAUCGCCAAGGAGACCGCUGAUGUCAAGAUUUAUAGUGAAAAAUGUGUUAUAGUUUGUUCUGUUCGCAGCCAAAACCAAUUAGACCUCUUCUGAAGACAUGGAUUAAACCACUGGAGUUUUAUGGGUUACUUUUAUGCUGCAUUUAUGUGCUUUUUGGAGCCUGUUGACUUGCAUUGUAUGAAACAAAUCUUUGUGUUCUGCAGAAGAAAGUAAGUCACACACAUCUGGGAUUGUAUGAGGGUGAGUAAAUGAUGAGAGAACUUUCACUUUUGGGUGAACCGUCCCUUUAAGCAUCCAAUGGUCCUAAACAAGUCUUUCAUUGUCUUUGUCAAAUAUAAUUACUUAAUUUGAUUUUGGGGAGGACUGUGAUCCAAAUAUGUACUUGACAGGUUUUGUGAGAUUCUUCUGGGGUCAGAAAUCGUGUGUCAUCAUGGGAAAUGUAGUGUAUUGAAUGGUGACACUUGACUGUGUUUGGAAGGCAAAGAAGUAUGAUGUGUGGACGCACAUUAUCUGUGUAAACCGUCUCUUUUAUUUAUUUAUUUCGUGUUUUAGUAAAGCUGAACAUUACUGAAAGAAGCACAAGAUAAGCUGCUGAGAGAAAGAACAGAUCAAUCCAUCGACUAGAUGUACGCCACUGAUUGAUUGUUUAAUUGCGGCGUCGUAAUGAUGUCAUAGCUGUACCGACUGAAUGUUUUCAUCUGUGCUGGAUCUGAUUGGUCGGUUGCUCGGCCAGCAGGUUUGAUAAAUGUGUAUUUGACUUUAUUUGUGCACUGAUCUUUAGUCCAGCAUCUCUUGUACUUGUUCAAUUAUUUUCCUCUGGACGUUGUGUUGGUCAGUGUCGCCCUCUGUUGUCUUGAUCCAGAUAUGUGACUCUCUCUCUCUCUCUAUCUCAAUCUCUCUCUCUCUCUCUCUCUC